AUGUUCAAAGCAAUAAAGUUAAUCUCCAAAAAUGCUCGCUCUUUCAGCAGCUUUGAAGUUAAGGAAGGCAUUGUACCAGGCAGACCUGCAUAUCUAGAUUUCCAAGCUACAACUCCACUAGACCCUAGAGUCUUGGAUGAUAUGCUUCCAUUCAUGGUAUUUCUUAUAAAUAUGAAUAUUUCAUAUAUUUUAUAUAAUAAUUCUGCUAUUAAUAUAGAAAAUGAAAUCAAAUUUUUAUAAUAUUUUGCUUAAAAAAGAAUAUCAGAAUUCGGAAAUCCUCAUUCACGAACUCAUCAAUAUGGGUGGAAAGCUGCAGACGCUGUAGAAAAAGCAAGGAGCGAAGUAGCCGACAUCAUAGGUGCCGAUCCGAAAGAAAUUGUAUUUACAUCCGGUGCAACAGAGUCCAACAAUACCGCAAUCAAAGGCAUCGCAAAAUUCUAUGCUCAAAAAGGCAAAAACAAAAUAGUCACAAUACAGACAGAACAUAAAUGUGUAUUGGACACAUGCCGUCAUUUACAGGAAGAAGGCUUUCAAGUUGUCUACCUUCCAGUUGAAACAAAUGGUUUAGUAAAUUUAUUCUCUGCUAUAGCAAUCUAGCCUAUAAUAUAUUAUAGCACAUUCUUAUUAUUUUUAUAUUAAAUAAGCUCAAAAUAGUAUAUCAUCUCUCGAGCAAGCGAUUGAUGACAAAACUAGUCUGGUUACCAUCAUGGCCGCAAAUAACGAAAUCGGCGUAAUUCAGCCUGUAAAACAAAUAGGAGAAAUCUGUAGGAAAAAAGGAGCAUUCUUUCACUCAGAUUGCGCACAAGCUGUUGGGAAGAUCCCAGUCAAUGUAAAUGAAAUGAAUAUUGAUUUAGCCUCUAUAUCAGGCCACAAAAUUUAUGGACCGAAAGGAAUCGGUGCACUUUAUGUAAGAAGAAAGCCAAGAGUAAGAAUAGAGCCGCUUAUAAAUGGUGGAGGACAAGAAAGAGGCAUGAGAAGCGGGACUUUGGCACCUGCACUAGUAUAGGGUUUUUUUUCCCCUAGAUAGUCUGCAGUGGCUGUGGAUUAUGGGCGGAAUCUUUCAGUUGGUCCGACCAACUCAGUACUUAGUCGGACUAACUAACUUGUUGAUUCCGCCCAGAAUCCACAGCCCUUACAGGGCUAUCUAGGGGAAACCCCUAUAGUUGGAAUUGGAUCUGCUUGCAGAAUUGCGAAAGAAGAGCUGCCAAGAGAAGCUGCUUAUGUAGGAAAUUUAGCAAAAAAGUUCAAAGAGGAAGUAAUGAAAAGUGUAAAAAAUGUGAUUUUGAAUGGAGACCCUGUGCAUAGACUUCCUGGAAACUUGAAUAUGUCCUUUGCUUAUGUGGAAGGGGAAAGCUUAAUAAUGGGAUUAAAAAACUUGGCGCUAUCUUCUGGGUCAGCUUGUACAUCAGCUUCACUUGAGCCUUCUUAUGUGCUAAGAGCAAUUGGAGUCCAAGAAGAUUUAGCACAUACAUCACUUAGAAUUGGGUUUGGGAGAUUUACGACAGAAGCAGAAGUUGAUUACGCAAUUUCUCUUGUUGGAAAGCAUGUUGAAAAAUUAAGACAAUUGUCUCCAUUGUGGGAGAUGGUGCAAGAAGGAAUAGAUCUCAAAACGAUACAAUGGACGCAACCCCAUUAA